UUGCCCGCCUUCUGCCUCCCGCCUCCGGAUUCGAGCCGCGUCGCGCCGCGUCUCAGGACGUCUGGUCCGACUCGUCCCGGUUGUCAUCCAGACCGCGACCAGCGGCUCUGGUCCCGGUGCCGGUCCAGGUCCCGUUCUUGUCUUGGCGACGACAUGUGGAGCGGCCGGAUGGCGCGCCUGCUGGUGGCGCUGUUGUGCGCCGAAGUGUCCGCGGCGGCGGCGGCGGCGGCGGACUCCGUCGACUGGGCGGAGACGGUCCCGACGCUGCUGUCCGGACCCGGCAACCCCGACCGCCUGCUGGUGUCGCUGUCGGCGUUCGGACAGAACCUCCGGCUCGACGCCGCCAGAGACGGCGUCGGCCUGCUGGCAGAGCGACUGGCGCUGGAAGAACGAUGGGCCGCCGGGGCCGCGCCCGCCCGUUCGCAAAUGGACCGGAACCAGCUCUGCCUCUACUCGGGGUCUGUCCUGGACCGACCCGGGUCUCUGGUGUCCCUCGCUGCGUGCGGAGGCCUGACGGCCUUGGUGCACGUGGGCGGCGAGGUUCUGUUCGUCCGUCCUUUGGAGGAGCGAGAGCCGAGGAACGAGAGUCGCUCGGGAGCCUUCUCGGGCCUCAAGCAUCAGGUGCUGCGGCGGCGCCGGAGCGAACGGGACGCGGAUCGCGCGUGGCAACGCUGCGGAACCGCGCGACAAGACGUGGAGGAGCAGAAGAGUUCAAAGGUCACGGAGGAAGAGGAAGACCGCGGCAAGCGCGCGGCCGUCGGCGUCGAGGACGCGUACACGGUGGAGACGCUGCUGGUGGCCGACUCCGACAUGGUCCGGUACCACGGGGCGGAAGCCGCCAAGAGGUUCUUGCUGACCGUCAUGAACAUGGUGUCCAACAUGUUCCAGCACCAGAGUUUGGGCGUGAGGAUCAACAUUCGGGUCACCAAGUUGGUUCUGCUCCACAGCCGCCCCGAGAAGCUGAAGGUCGGCCACCACGGCGAGCGUUCCCUGGGGAGUUUCUGUCAGUGGCAGCAUGAAGAGUUCGGAAGGGCGCCAUACCUGGGGAGCAAUCGCGUUCCCGGGGGACGGGACGGAAUCCCGCCGGUGGACAGCGCCGUGCUGGUCACAAGGACAGACUUCUGCGUCCACAAGGAGGAGCCGUGCGACACCGUCGGUAUGGCCUACCUGGGCGGCGUCUGCAGCGCCAAGAGGAAGUGCGUGUUGGCCGAGGACAACGGCCUCAACUUGGCCUUCACCAUCGCGCACGAGCUCGGGCACAACGUGGGCAUGAGCCACGACGACGACCACGCCGCCUGCGCCGGCCACGCCUACGUCAUGUCCGGCGAGUGGGUGAAGGGGCGCAACCCCAGCGACCUAUCCUGGUCGUCCUGCAGCCGCGGCGACUUGCAGAAGUUCCUCAGGUCCAAGUCGAGCGCGUGUCUGGCGCACACGGAUCCGAGGACUCGCGAGCAUCUGCCGCUGCCCCCGAAACUCCCCGGGAUGCAUUACAGCGUCGACCAACAGUGCCAGAUCCUGUUUGGGAGCAACGCCACGUUCUGCUCCGACAUGCAGCACCUGAUGUGCGCCGGCUUGUGGUGCCUGGUGGAGGGCGACGGCUCCUGCAAGACCAAACUGGAUCCUCCUCUGGACGGGACUCAGUGCGGCCCAGACAAGUGGUGCCGUGCGAGCGAGUGCGUGAGCAAGACGCCCCUCCCGCAGCACGUGGACGGCGACUGGAGUCCUUGGAGCCCCUGGAGCAUGUGCAGUCGCACGUGCGCCACCGGCGUUGGCUUCAGACAGAGGAAGUGCGACAACCCCCCGCCGGGUCCGGGCGGGCGACCCUGCCCGGGCGCCAACGUGGAGCACAAAGCUUGCGAAGGGCCCCCGUGCCCAAAAGGGGCGCCGAGCUUCAGGGACCUUCAGUGCUUGUCGUACGAUCGAAACGGCGGCAAGAAGAAGAGCGACGUGCUGACCGCCGUCGUCGACGACGGUGACGUAGACGCCCCCUCGCCGUCCACCGCCACCUUUUGGAUGCGUGAGAUUCAUAUUUUAGGUUCGCGCGCAGAGAAGCCGUGCGCGUUGUUCUGCAGCCCGGCGGGCCGCGACGUCCCCGUGCCGACGGCCGACAGGGUGAUGGACGGGACGCCGUGCGGACCCUUCGAGGCCGACCUGUGCGUCAACGGCAGGUGUCGGCCGAUCGGAUGCGACGGCGUGGUCGGGUCUUCGUCCAAAGAAGACGUCUGCGGCGUUUGUAACGGGGACGGACGAUCGUGCGCCGUCAUCAGAGGAGACUUCAACCGCAGCAGAGGCAUGGGCUACGUGGAGGCAGUUGUUAUUCCCGUGGGAGCUCGAAGGAUCAGAGUCGUGGAGGACAAGCCGUCGCACAGCUUCCUGGCUCUGAAAGACGGCGGCGGCGGCGGGAAGUCGAUCAACAGCGACUGGAAAAUCGAACUUCCGGGCGAGUUCCAGGUGGCCGGCACCACCGUCAGAUACGUCAGGAGAGGAUUGUGGGAGAAAAUGUGGGCCAGGGGGCCCACCAGCGCCCCGCUGCACCUCCUGGUGCUGCUCUUCCACGACCCGAGUUACAGCAUUCACUACGAGUACACACUGUCCCUGAACGCAUCGCAGGGCGGUAAAGAAAGGCAGCACCAGAACGACGACGACCGCCAUCUUUACAUCUGGACCCACAGCGGCUGGAACUCCUGCAGCGUGCCCUGCGGAGGAGGCGAGAGGACCACGGCGGCGUCGUGCGUGCGUCUGGCCAACGGGUCGGCCCGGGCCGCGGACGAUUCUUUCUGUGGGCCGGACAGUCGGCCGCCGCCGCGAGUGACGGCGUGCAACCCGCAACCCUGCCGCUUCCGGUGGACGGCGGGCGAGUGGGGCCCGUGCUCGGCCACGUGCGGGACGGGCACGCGGCGCCGUCGGGUGGCGUGCGUGCGGCGGCGCCACGACGGCGCGUGGGAAGAGGACGAGGAGGCGGAGGAGCGGCGGCGGGACGGCGCCCGCUGCCCGGGUCCGCGCCCGCCGCCCCUGCAGCCCUGCGAGGGACGGCGCUGCUCCGGCCCGGGCGUCUGGGAGGCGUCCGAGUGGUCGCGGUGCUCGGAGGGUUGCGGCGAGGGGGUGCGCGCUCGCAACGUCACCUGCGGCGGCGGCGGCGGCGACUGCGACCCGCUGACGCGACCUCGCCGCCAGGAAGCCUGCCAGGACCGCUCGCGCUGCUACGAGUGGAAGACCGGCCAUUGGUCCAAGUGCUCGUCGUCGUGCGGCCGGGGUCUCCAGUCGCGGGCGGUGCAGUGCAUGCACAAGGUGACGGGUCGCCACGGCAACGAGUGCCCGGCGAGCGGGCGGCCGCCGACCUAUCGGCCCUGCGGGCCCGCCGAAGCCUGCCGACGGGAGGUCGCCGGCGUGGACGGCAACACCAUCACCUCGCCCAGGCUAGCGGCCCUGACCUACAAAUGCUCCGGCGACCAGUGGCCCGUGUACUGCCGCGUGAUCGGCAAAAAGAACCUCUGCCAGGACAUGCGCUGGUACCAACGCUGCUGCCAGACGUGCAGAGACUUUUACGGCACCGGGACCUCGUGACCUCCGACCCCAAGUGACGGGAAGCGAGCAAAAGCCGACGUCCGGUUCUCCGACUUACUUCCCGUCCCUCCUUUCGGCUUCUUCCGUCUUUUCUACUCGCGCCGCUCACGGUUCUGCUUCUAAUUCCAGCUCGACUUGUAAAAGCCGUCAAGUGGUUCUGCUUGUGCGUACGUUCCUCCUACUUUGGCGGCUCUUCCGGUGCCGCGGCCCGCUCGCGGUUCCGCUUCCAAUUCCGGUUGUGUCCAAUUUUGCUUCUCCGUUUUCUUUUGCAACUCGCAGUGGUUUUCCCCGCUUCUUUUCUUCCUUCUUCGAGUUGUUCCGGUCCGACUUCUACCACCCUAACGCCGGCUUCCCCCGGGUUCUACUUCCUGCGCCACUGCACACUUUGAAAAGGAAUACUAACGAUCGCGCAUGCUACUCCGCUAAUAACUUAGCCGGCGUGACCCCGCCCCCGUCAGUAGCAGGAAGUGUUUCAUGUUUCAUUAGCCUACUGAUGCUAACCUUAGCGCAUUGCUAACCAAAAAGAAAA